UCCUCUCCCCGUGUUAAAAAAAAAAAAUGCUCAUGGUCCUGCUCCAGGUUUGGCCCUUCUUCCCAGGUCGCCUUGCACUUCCUUCCCAGUGUCCUCUGCGCGGCCUCUAUCUAGAUUCCCAUCCAUUUGCAUGUAGCCCAGACCAAGCUCCCUGCGUGCACCGCGCGCUGCCUGAGGCGCUUUUAUGUAGAGAAGACUGCUUCUGCCUAUGCAUUUUGUGGACAGGAUUGGCAGUUUGGGAUGAUUUAUGAGAUUCCUAGUUCAAGAGUAGUUCCUAUUCUUUUGAUCUUCAGUUUCCCUCUUUGCCCCUUCCUUGCAUGGUUUCAAAGGGCUCCUCUCCAUUCCUUUUUGCCUUUUCUCCUUAGAAACAUUGAGUUUCCAGUACAGCCACAUCAAAUUCUGCAUACACUUAUUAUCUUUUCUUUUCUUUCUUUCCUAGUCUACCCUUACCUAAUCAGAACUCUUUGUCAGUAUUUUCAUAUGUUAUAUGGGUUUUGUUUUUCAAGGUUUGCUUUUAGUUCCAUCUUAGGCUCUCAGUUCUCCUCUCUUCUAUGUGUUUCCCUUUCCGUUUGGAUUCAUCGUGCUCUCCUCAAAGAGUUUGGAUGAGAAUUUGAGAGAUCUCUUCAGGAAAUUGGUAUUUGUUUUUUCUGCUUACAGACAUCAAACAGAAUCAGCAUGUCUGGGAUUGAGGAAGCUAUUGGAGGCUGCGACAGCCAUCCUUCGUCAGCUGGUGGCAAGUCUGUGUUAUGCUUCGGGCAGUGCCAGUACACCGCCGAAGAGUACCAGGCCAUCCAGAACGCUCUGAGGCAGAGGCUGGGCCCUGAGUACAUCAGUAGCCGCCUGGCUGGAGGAGGUCAGAAGGUGUGUUACAUUGAAGGUCACAGGGUAAUUAAUCUGGCCAAUGAGAUGUUUGGGUACAAUGGCUGGGCACACUCUGUCACACAGCAGAAUGUGGAUUUUGUUGACCUUAACAAUGGCAAGUUCUACGUGGGGGUCUGUGCAUUCGUGAGGGUCCAGCUGAAGGAUGGGUCGUAUCAUGAAGACGUGGGUUAUGGUGUUAGCGAGGGCCUCAAGUCAAAGGCCUUGUCUUUGGAGAAGGCAAGGAAGGAGGCGGUGACAGAUGGGCUGAAGCGGGCACUCAGGAGUUUUGGGAAUGCACUUGGAAAUUGUAUCCUGGACAAAGACUAUCUGAGGUCACUAAAUAAGCUUCCACGCCAGUUGCCUCCUGAUGUGGAUUUAACUAAAGCAAAGAGACAAGAUUUUGAACCUUCUGUGGAGCAGGCGAGAUACAGCAGCUGCCGGCAGAGUGUGGCUCUGGUAGCCCCCAAACCACAGGAGGCGACCUCCCCUUGCAAACCAGGCUGCCCAGAUGAUCCCCACAUUGGGACAUGGGGGGAUAAGGACAGCGGCUCUGGCAGCCUGGCCUCUGCUGUGGACAGUGAGGCCACGUACCAGCGGAAGCUCCGGCAAAAGCAGUUGCAGCAGCAGUUCCGGGAGCAAAUGGAGAAACAGCAGCAAGUUCAACUGUCUGCCCCAUCAGUUGACAAGAAGAAUCAGGAGCUGCCAGCCCCUCCUCUGAAGCACAGCACGCCCGUCACUACUAUUCCAGAGCCCUUCUCUGAGACAGACUUCCUUGCAGACAGCCUUACAAUGUGGGAGAUGACCCCAAAUGCAGAGGACAGUGUAGUCAAACCUUUGUCUAGACCAGAACCACUCCAGACGUCUGCCACACCAGGCCUGAAGAACCACAUGGUGACCCAGAACAAGACUUCACAAAGCCUGUGCCACCAGAAGCCACAAUCAGAAUCUGGACCCUGGCACCCCGAGACUCACGCUAACCAACGUGUAACAGAAAACUGUGAUUCUUAUAAGAGCAAGGACAUGAAGAAAAGGAGAUUGGAUCCAGCUUAACUUUGGCUCUGGCCACAUCAGUGGAGUCUGCAAUUAGGGGAUUUUGGAAAAACUACUUUUUGGUUGGGAAAUUGUCCUUCAAUCCCAGGAAAUGAGCUUUAUUUCCAUGGCUUUGCCAUGUUUUCUUCUGAACUUUAUCAGAGGAGCAGGAUUUAACUCCUGGAGCCUACCGCAGAUAAAGCUGAGCAGUUUAGAAAACAAGCCCUUUCAAAAAGCGGGUCACACACUGCCACAGGGAAGGCUCUGGAGAAGAUUAAAUACCUUUGUAGCUUCAGACUUUUACUAUUUAUUCCCAAACUAUUAUGCUAAUAAAGAUAGAAAUUUUAGGAAUCACCAAUGGCUGCCUGCCCUCAAUGAUACAGGCCAUACUGCCAGGCACCAGCGUUAACAGGUAGGCACAUUCAGUGUGUCACCUCUGCCUCAUUCCCUUUAGGGCAUCAAGCUUGUCAAGGUGCCCGCCUGAGUACUGUGCCAGGCUGUGGUGGUACCUGCCGCUUUGCCUCAAGCCAGACUGUAAUCUUCAUCUGUGAUAAUGCCCAUUUACGGGUUUAGGACAUCGCCACCCUGCAUUCUUUCAGGACCAACAUUUGUUCCUGAGAUCAAGAAAACACUGAUCGAAGAUCAAGGAAAAGGCAUUUUAAGAAAACACAAUAAAUCUCUUGAUUUGUAGUAGAAAAUAUAAUGGCUGCUUAUAUUUCUUUGUUUCAUAUGUGUUAUUAACCAUCUUGACAUAAAUUCAUUUUUCUAAUUAA